CCGAGCCGCAGUGCCGCGAGGCGAUGGCAUCCCCGGCCACGCUGCUCCGGGCCCUGCUGCUGCUGGGGGGGCCGCUCCUGGCCCCCACAAUGGGGCUGCUCCGGGACAACUCCACCUUCUACGAGGGUCCCCCCGGCAGCUAUUUCGGCUUCUCGCUGGAUUUCCACCUGGCCGAGGGCAGGCUCGGCGUGGUGGUGGGAGCUCCCCGUGCCAACACGUCCCAGCCCGGCGUGGUGCAGCCCGGCGCCGUCUUCCUCUGCUCCUGGCCCCCCGGCGACACCCCCUGCCAGCCCGUGCCCAUGGACACCGCGGGAGACGAGACCGAGACCCACAACAACCUGAGGCUCCACACCUACAAGUCCCACCAGUGGCUGGGGGCUUCGGUCACCAGCUGGAACGGCACACUGGUGGCCUGCGCCCCGCUGCAGCACUGGAACGCGGCGGACGGGCAGCACGAAGCGUUCCGCACGCCCACCGGCAGCUGCUGGCUGCGCGCCCCGGGGCUGCCGGGCAGCGCCUGGUACGCGCCCUGCCGCGACCGCUUCAUGGCCGGCGCCUACCGCAAGAGCGGCUACGCCUACGACAGGCGCUACUGCGAGAUCGGCUUCAGCGCCGCCGCCACCGCGGACGGGACGCUGGUGCUGGGUGCCCCCGGCGGGUACUACUUCAUGGGGCUGCUGUACUCGGUGGAGCUGGACGCCAUCCUCAGCCGCUUCCACGGCAAGUCCCUGCUGUGGGCAGGCGGCCCGGGGCGGCCCACGGAGGAGCCCAUGUCCCUGGACUACGAGGACGGGUACCGGGGGUACUCGGUGGCCGUGGGAGAGUUCGAUGGCGAUCCCAAAACCAAAGAGUACGUGGUGGGGGUCCCCAACAAGAGCAACACGAGGGGUGAGGUGGAGAUCUUCAGUGUGGGGGUGACUCUGCGCCGGCUGCAGGGCAUCGCCAGCGAGCAGGUGGCCUCGUACUUCGGGCACACAGUGGCCGUGGCCGACGUCAACGGGGACGGGCGGGACGACGUGCUGGUGGGUGCCCCGCUGUACAUGGCCCGGCGCCCGGACGGGCACCGCGCCGAGCUGGGCUGCCUCUACCUCUACCUGGGAGGGGGCAAGCGGCCCCUCGCCCAGCCCUCCCAGAGCCUGACGGGCACCCACCCCUACGGCCGCUUCGCCGCCGCCAUCGCCAGCCUCGGGGACCUGGACAAGGACGGCUACGGCGACGUGGCCGUGGGUGCCCCGUCGGGGGGGGACGGCGGCAGCGGGCAGGUCUUCAUCUUCCGCGGGCAGAGCGAGGGGUUGGCAGCGGUGCCCACUCAGCGCCUCGACAGCCCCUUCCCCGGCGCCGCCGCCUUCAGCUUCGCCCUGCGCGGUGCCACCGACCUGGAUGGCAACGGCUACCCGGAUCUGCUGGUGGGAGCGUACGGGGCAGCCAAGGUGGCCGUGUACUGGGGACAGCCCGUGGUGCUGGCCCGGACCCAGCUGAGUGUCCCUGACGGGCUGAACCCCGCGGUGCUGGCGUGUGCCCUGCCCGGCUCCGGUGCCCGCGUCAGCUGCUUCCCCGUGGUGCUGUGUGUGAGUGUGACGGGCCAGCGCAUCCCCCCGAACGUCCACCUCGAAGCCGAGCUGCAGCUGGACCGACUGAAGCCCAGGCUGUCCCGGAGGGUGCUGCUGCUGCAGGGCCACCAGCCCUCCUGGCACGGGCCGCUGUCCCCGAGGCCGGGGGCAGCCCCCGAGUGCCACAAUCUCACCGCAUACCUGCGGGACGAGGCCGACUUCAAGGACAAGCUGAGCCCGGUGGUCCUGAGCCUGAGCCUGGCACUGCCCGAGGGGAGCCCGGGGCUGGUGCUCUACGGGGACACUGUGGUGCAGGCACAGACCCACAUCAUCCUGGAGGACUGUGGCGAUGACAACAUCUGCGUCCCCGACCUCCGCCUGGCCGCCGACACCCCCAGCAGGCGCCUGCUCAUCGGGGCAGAGGCCGUGCUGCGCCUGCGAGCCAACGCCAGCAACCAGGGCGAAGGCGCCUUCGAGACCGAGCUGCGGCUGCAGCUGCCCCCUGGCACCCACUACCAGUCUGCCCGCAGCAGCAUCCCGGGGCAGGAGAAGCUCAGCUGCAACCCCAGGAAGGAGAACGGGAGCCACGUGGUGCUGUGCGAGUUGGGCAACCCCAUGAAGGCGGGUGCCCGGAUCACCGUGGUCGUGGAGCUGAGUGUGUCUGGGCUGGAGGACAUGGGCGACGCCAUCACCUUCCAGCUGCAGCUGCGGAGCAAGAACAGCCCCAGCCCCAGCAACGCCUCGGUGACGGUGCCCGUGGAGGCAGAGGCAGAGAUGGAGCUGCGAGGCAAAUCCCUCCCUGCCACCACGGUGCUGCCCCUGAGCUGGCAGCAUGCGGCGGGCAGCCAGCGCCCGGAGGACCGCGGCAUCACGCUGGAGCACGUCUAUCAGCUCCACAACAAGGGGCCCAGCACCGUCAGCGGGGUCACCCUGCGCCUCGACGUCCCCACGCAGCUGGGAGACCGCGUGCUGCUGUACCUGCUGGAGCUGGGCACCGAGGGGGCAAUCGACUGCGCCCGCCCCCCCGGCCUCGACCCGCAGCAGCUGGAGCCGGCCGGGGCCACGAGCGCAGCCCCCCAGAACGGCACCCGCGGGCGGGAGCGCCGGGAGGCGGCGGGCGCGGGGCCGGAGGAGCCCAUCACCGUGGGCUGCGGCGCGGGACCGUGCGUGGGCAUCAGCUGCCGGGUGCCCGUCCUGGCCAGGGAGCAGCGGGUGCUGGUGAGCGUGCGGGCGCUGCUGUCCGCGGACACGCUGCGGCAGCCGCAGCACCUCCUGAAGCAGUUCCUCGUCCGUUCCCGAGCCCGGUUCAACGCCUCGGCCGUGCCCUACCGCGUCCGGCCCCGCGUCCUGCCCUGCGGGGAGGCCACGGCUGUCACCGAGGUGAUGCGCGCCAGCCCGGACGGCGAGGGGGCCGUGCCCGUGUGGUGGGUGGUGCUGGGGGUCCUGGCCGGGCUCCUGCUCCUCACCCUCCUCAUCCUCCUCAUGUGGAAGAUGGGUUUCUUCAAGAGGACACGUCCUCCCACCGACGGGGACACGCAGGAGCCAGCCCAGCCCCAGGAGCCAAGCGGGGCUCAGGACUAGAGGGGUCCCGCAGGGUCCCCCCUGCGCCCUCGCCCCGCAGCGUGUCCCCCCAGGUCACCCCCCUCCCCUGUGUCCCCGUCCCCCUCGGGUACCCGUGGGGCCCGACGCCCCGUUGCUGCCCCCCAACAUUAAACCUCCUUCUGCUCC